AUGUCUUCAGGAAAUGCUCCCGACUUCAAAGCCACUGUUGUUAUGCCAGAUGGACAAUUCAAAGAUAUCAGCCUAAGUGAGUACAAAGGAAAAUAUGUUGCAUUCUUUUUUUUUUACCCUCUUGACUUUACUUUUGUCUGUCCCACGGAGAUCGUUGCUUUCAGUGAUAGAGCAGAAGAAUUUAAGAAACUCCACUGCCGAGUGAUUGGAGCUUCUGUGGAUUCUCACUUCUGUCAUGUGGCAUGGAUUAACACACCCAAGAAACAAGGAGGAUUGGGACCCAUGAGCAUUCCCUUGGUAUCAGAUCCCAAGCGCACCAUUGCUCAGGAUGAUGGAGUCUUAAAGGCUGAUGAAGGUAUCUCUUUCAGGGGCCUCUUUAUUAUUGAUGAUAAAGGUAGCCUUCACCAGAUAACAAUAAAUGAUCUUCCUGUUGGCCUCUCUGUGGAUGAGAUUCUGAGACUAGUCCAGGCCUUCUAGUUCACUGACAAACAUGGUGAAGUGUGCCCAGCUGGCUGGAAACCUGGCAGUGAUACCAUCAAGCCUGGCAUCAAUAAGAGCAAAGAGUAUUUCUCUAAGCAGAAGUGAGCA